AAUAUUGGAUUAACUUCAAAAGUCAACGAAUGUUCGUAUGCAACAAUUGUAUUAUUCGUAAAGACUGGUUUCUCUUUACUUGCAAAAUAAAAAAAAAUCAAGACGUAGCUUUGUAUCCUCUCUAUUCUUGCUAUUAAGGAUGAUGGCUUCUUCUUCUUCUCCUUCUUCUUCUUCUUCUUCUUCUUCUUCUUCUUCUUCUUCUUCUUCUUCUUCUUCAUCAUCUCUAUCUAGCAGUUGGUCGUAUCACGUCUUCCUGAGCUUCCGUGGUGAAGAUGUGCGCAAAAGCUUUCUUAGUCACGUUCUGAAAGAGUUCAAAAGCAAGGGAAUAAUUGUUUUCAUUGAUAACGAGAUCAACCGAGGCGAAUCUGUUGGUCCCGUGCUUGUAGGAGUGAUCAGACAAUCAAGGGUUGCAGUUGUCUUGCUCUCGCGUAACUACGCUUCUUCAAGAUGGUGUCUGGAUGAGUUAGUGGAAAUCAUGAAGUGCAGGGAAGAAGAUCAACAAACAGUGUUGACAAUUUUCUACCAAGUGGAUCCAUCUGAUGUGAGGAAGCAAACCGGAGAUUUUGGAAAAGCCUUUGAGAAAACUUGUGUAGGAAAAAAAGAAGAGGUUAAGCAGACAUGGAGGCAAGCUUUGUAUGAUGUCGCCGGCAUAGCUGGUUAUCACUCUAGCAACUGUGGGAAUGAAGCUGAUUUGAUCAACAAAUUUGCCUCGGAUGUCAUGGCUGUGUUAGGUUUUACACCUUCAAAAGACUUUGAUGAUUUUGUUGGCAUAGGAGCUCGUGUCACCGAGAUAAAAUCGAAGUUGAUCCUACAAUUACAAGAAGUAAAGGUGAUUGGGAUUUUUGGUCCUCGCGGGAUUGGUAAGACGACCACUGCCAGAGUUUUAUACAACCAACUCUCUCCUGAUUUUCAAUUCAACACUUUUUUGGAGAAUAUCAGAGGAAGUUAUGAGAAGCCUUGUGGUAACGACUAUCAGUUGAAGUUGAGUUUUCAGAAAGACUUGUUGUCUAAAAUAUUCAACAAAGGGGACAUUGAGGUUCGUCACUUAGGAGGGGCUCAAGAAAUGCUGAGUGACAAAAAGGUGUUGAUUGUUCUUGAUGAAGUUGAUAACUGGUGGCAGCUAGAGGAAAUGGCAAAGCAGCCUGGAUGGGUUGGUCCAGGAAGUAUUCUUAUCAUUACAACCGAAGAUAGAAAACUUCUCAAGACCCUAAGACUCGGGAGCGAUCAUAUCUACAAGAUUGAAUAUCCAACUAGCGAAGAGUCUCUGCAGAUCUUCUGCCAAUAUGCUUUCGGUCAAAACUAUCCAGAUAAUGGUUUUGAAUGGCUUGCUAAGGAAGUUAGCAGACUUGCUGGUGAUCUUCCUCUAGGCCUGAGAGUUAUGGGAUCUUAUCUAAGAGGAAUGUCCAAGGAGAAGUGGAUAGAAGCACUACCAUGGCUCAGGUCUACCCUCGACAGAGAAAUUGAAUCAACUCUAAGAUUUAGCUACGACGCCUUGGGGGAUAAUGAAAGAACUCUGUUUCUGUAUAUAUCAUGUUUCUUUGUUGGUAUCAAGCUUGAUAGGUUCAAAAGGUAUUCUGUAAACGGUAGUUUGGAAGUCAACCAUGGGCUUGAAGUCUUAGCUCAAAGAUCUCUUAUAUUUAUAGAAGACGGAUUCAUAAAAAUGCAUAGAUUACUGCGAGAAAUGGGUAGAGAAAUUGUCAAGAAACAGUAUGUGGAGAAGCCUGGAAAGCGACAGUUCUUGACUGACCCCAAGGAUAUUUCUGAUGUACUUGACGAAGAUACUGUUACUGGAAAUGUUCUAGGCAUACGGUUGAAUACGAGCCAGAAAAUCCAAAUAAAUAAAAGCGCUUUCCAAGGGAAGAAUAAUCUCCGGUUUAUAUUCGUUUACUCUAGUAACUUAUGCAUACCCGAAGGGCUCGACUGUCUUCCAGACAAACUCAGAUUGCUACACUGGAUAGAAUGUCCAUUGAGAGUUUGGCCUUCCAAGUUCUCUGGAAAGUUUCUUGUUGAAAUAAUCAUGCCAUGUAGCCAAUUCAAGUUGCUUUGGGAGGGAAUCAAACCUCUCCCAUGCCUCAAGAUGUUGGAUUUGAGUGUCUCUAUAAAUUUGAAAAAGAUUCCGGAUCUCUCAGAAGCAACGAGUCUGGAGGAAUUACGUCUCCGUAAGUGCAGAAGUUUGUUAGAGCUCACAAGGUCUAUUGGCAAUGCCACUAAGCUUUAUCGAUUGGAUAUAUCAUGGUGUCCAAACAUCAAAGACUUCCCAAAUGUACCUGACAGCAUUGUAGAGUUGAAUUUGUACAAAACAGGGAUAAAGGAGGUUCCUCCAUGGAUUGAGAGCCUAUUUCGUCUGCGUAAACUAUUUAUGCAUGGAUACCAGAUGCUGAAAACCAUAUCGCCAAACAUUUCUAAGUUGGAAAAUCUUGAGCUUCUUUGUCUGGGUAACUAUGAUUAUUAUGUAGGAACCUUAUUUCACUACGAUAGGGACAACUGAUAUUUAUAAAAAUAAUAAGAACAAAAAUCAAAAAUACAAUACCGAAACAAACGAAUGAAGAAAACAUUGCAGAGUCGAGAUGGUUAAUCUCUUUCCUUAAAUCUUUAAACGCCCCGUAGUGUGACGGUUGCAUAGCGCUCAGAUUCCCAGGAUACAACUGCAGCAUUGUUUCUGUUUACCAUCACCGAAAAACAGAAUCUAUCGACCCUAGUUUUGUGUUGCACUCUCAGACUCAAGAAA